AUGGUAGCUCAACCCAAAUCUUCUCAGUCUACAAAGACCUUCUCCAAGCCUUAUUGGCGUUAUUACUAUGAAAAUUUACACUUGUUACAUUUCACUAUUCUCCUCAUUUUCCUAGGAGUCCUGGUUUUUUUUGCUCCCAGGGUACACUUGAGUCUCAACACAGCUCUCUUGGCAUCCGUGCUACAUGUAGCGGGAUUCCUCGGAAUCACAGCUGGAUACCAUCGUCUGUGGACCCAUAAAUCAUACGAGGCUUCAUUUCCACUUAGGGUGUUUCUGGCAAUCGUUAGCGCAGCACAAUUACAAUGGUCAAUAGUCGAAUGGGUAACACACCAUCGUGCUCAUCGCUGGUAUACUGAUACAGACAAAGACCCUCAAGAUGCAACAAGGGGCUUCUUCUUUCGCUAUAUGGGCUGGCUUCUUGCAUAUAACCCUCAAACGUGGGGCUCUGUUGAUAUCUCGGGCAUCAUGGAAGAUCCUGUGGUCCGAUGGCAACAAAAGAAUUAUUUCGUCCUUUUUAUGCUUGGCGGUCUUGGUUUACCGACCUUAAUUGCUUACUUCGGAUGGAACGAUUGGCAAGGAGGCCUAGUCUAUGUCCUUCGCGUUUUCUUCUCCCUACAAGUGAUACUUUUCUCAGGUACUCUUAUGCACUCUGACUGGGCAGGUGAAAAGAUCUAUUCAAACAAGAAUAGCUCAGUGAACAUUCAUCUCUUCUCAAUUCUUUCAAUUCUGAAUAAUGGCGAAGCACAUCACAAUUUCCAUCAUACAUUCCCAAGCGACUAUCGUACCGGAGUCCAGUGGUACGAUAUCGACCUAUCCAAGUGGAUGAUUUUACUGUGGUACCAGCUUGGUCUUGCAGGGAAUCUGGUAAUAGUAACUGAAUUUGAAAUUGAGAGAGCGAACUGGCGGCAAGAAAGAAGAAAUAGGCAUGGGGAGGCAGUUAAGUAUGUGGAUGAGGACCAUGAGGCUAACACUGGUCGUCGUCUGGUGUGCAUUAAUGGCGUGAUACAUGAUAUAUCCGAUUUCAUGGGAGAACAUCCUGGGGGGAGAGAUCUGUUGCAUCAAGUUCUGGGGAAUGAUGGGACUGCUGCGUUCUACUAUGGCUCUCAUGAUCACUCCAUGCAUGCCAAGAAUGUUUUAGCAGGAAUGCGUAUUGCUGUUCUUGAAGGCCCGCCGCCAACGAAGCCGCGUGUUUAG